ACAAGAUUUCCUACCAAAUUACUUAUUUAUAUUCGCAAAUUAUAUUAUCAACCCUAAAAGGCAGCAUGCAUGUUUACAAAAUGGAGAAUGUCAUUAUGUUUGUAUUAAUAAUUUUCUCAUUCAUUUUUAUUUCACAAGGAGUUAAACAUGGCAGAAAUUUAAUAUGGUCUAUGAGUCCAACGAGCUUAGGUGUAUCUCGAAUAGUUGGCAUCGAAGGAGACCCAAACGACUGGGUGAAAACAGGGAAUGUUACAGUUAGACAUAUCAGUGCACCUCACUACGGGUGGCAGUUCCGAGCUCUUGGGUUCCAUUAUACGACGAAAUCUAUAUUCUGGAGUGAGAAAAGUUACAAAAGGAUUCAAGAACUAACAUUAGAUGGCAGUACAGCUACACGAUCACUCUUUACAAAAACUUCCGGAUAUGUCGAUGGACUUGUAAUAGACUGGAUUUCGGAUAACAUGUAUUUUUCUGAUUCCAAAUAUAACUGGAUUAUCAUGGUUCCACUAAAUUCUACAGAAGUUUACUAUAAACUCAUUAUCACAACUGGAUUAUAUCAGCCUCAUGGACUAGCCAUUUAUCCUAAGAAAGGGUAUCUGUUUUGGAGUGACUGGGGAGAUAUUCCUAAAAUAGAGAUGUCAGAUCUGACUGGAGGAAACAGGAGAAUACUCGUUAAUGAUAAUAUCGUCCAUCCACGUGGUAUUACAGUUGAUUAUGAAGCCAACGCUAUUUACUGGGUCGAUAGCUCAAAAGACACGGUAGAAACAGUUGAAUUUAAUGGAAAUAAUAGAAGAAUAGUUCUCUCACUCCCAAAUACAAACUUUUUUGGCAUCGCGCUUUAUGAGAAUUUUAUAUUCAUGACAGAGCAAGAGGAGGGACAUUUAAAAAUCUACGACAAAAUCACUGGGAAGGGCUAUACAAACUACAAAUUAGGCUACAUACCAUUCGCCAUAAUGAUGUAUGAUGAAGAUAUGCAGGCGGGUGAACCUUCUUAUGCGUGUACAAUAUUGGGAUGUGAACAAAUGUGUGUUGAUAAGCCAGCAUUUGACGCCGUCUGCUUGUGUGGCGAAGGAUAUGAGUUAAAUGCAGAUAAAAAGACAUGCACUGAGGUCCAGGAAUUCAUACAACCAUCACACAUCUACGCCAUCCGAGAUGCUAUAUGCCAGUAUCCAGCAAAUUUGGCCGACAUGUCUCUCGCAAAUAUUACUUUAGAAACACAGUGUUUCAUCAAGAUUGCUAAAGGUUAUUUGGCGCUGUCAUAUGAUAGUAUAAAUGGUUUGCUGUAUUACUCGGAGAAUGUAACCAGAAGUAUUGGAAGAGUACAACUUCGCCGAGGUUCAUUCACCGAUACAAUUAUACGGGGCGUUGGUGAAAUAAGAGGACUUGCUUAUGACUGGACCUCGGGAAACUUGUACUGGACAGACAAUACUUACAAAUGGAUCAUGGUUUCUACGGCAAACGGUAAAUACCAGAAAGUCAUAGUAGAUGGAUUGAUAUCCCCAAUUGGUAUUGCAGUACAUCCAAAUAGAGGGACUUUAUAUUGGGCUGAUCCUGGCAGAUCGGUUAUCGAAUCCUCAUACAUGAAUGGUGAUAACAGAACUGUUCUUCCUAUAGAAGACAUAAGUCAUCCAAACCAUCUUUUUAUAGAUUUUCGUUUUGAUGAGCUGUUCUGGGCUGAUUCAGGGCUAAAUCAAGUAUCUAGUUUUAACCUGAAAACAGGGGAAAUCAGCGUUCGAUUCAGACAGCAAUCGUCAACAUUUUUUGGCCUUAGCAUUUAUCAGGAUUAUCUUAUAUGGACUGAUCAAGACAAGAAUAACGGUAUUCAUGUAGCCGAUAUAUCGACUGGAAAGAAAAUGAGAGGCAUUCUACAUCCUCCAUUUGGUCAAGCAAAUGACGUAAUAUCUUAUGAUAAGGCUAAUCAACCUCAAUUUAAUGUGUCUUGUGGAAAUAACAACGGAAACUGUGAACAAAUCUGCUUACAGAAGAAGACAAAUGUUCAUUAUUGUGAGUGUGGUCUUGGCUAUACGUUAUCUGAUGACGGGAGAUCGUGUAAUUCAGAAAUUCAAAGAGAUGACUUUCUUGUUGUGGCAGAUUCUUAUCAACAACAUUUGUAUCAAAUCGGAAUGAAAACAGGAAAAGUGAAUCCGAUAGUUACAUCAGAGUUAUAUCGACCAAUAGCAGUUGGUUAUGAUCCUGUCACUCAGAAGGUUCAUUGGACUGAUAAUGAGGCAAAAGUUGUUAAGUCUGCAUCUAUUUAUGGAACAUCAGAAAUAGUUUUACAAGCUAAUCCCGAAGUUUCUACAUUGGAUGGAUUGGCAGUCGACUAUAUAAAUAGAUUACUUUUUAUAACUGACACUGGUUUAAACCAAAUCUCAGUUCUAAGUCUAUCUCAGAGCAAAUACAACAAAGUUAUAAUCUCAGAAAAACUAGACCAACCAAGAGCAAUUGUAGUACAUCCAUGGAAAGGACGUCUAUAUUGGUCGGACUGGGGAGAUGAUGCUAGAAUUGAGACAGCAGCAAUGGACGGUUCAGACAGAUAUGUUCUAGUAAAUUUUACUACCAAAAGUUGGCCAAAUGGAAUAACCAUUGAUACACAAGAAAAUAAACUAUACUGGGUAGACGCGUUCCAGGACAAGAUUGAAGUAAUGGAUUUAAAAAACUCUGAUAUCACAGUUGUUCUACAAGAGGAAAAAGCUCAUUAUUUUGGCAUUGUUAUAUUGGGAGAUUAUUUGUAUUUCACUUGCUGGAUUAAAAAUUAUAUAUCACGCAUUCCAAAGUCAGGAGGAGUUCCAGAAAGAGUCGGACCUAAAAGAUUCGCUAGACUUAAUGGCAUAGCUGGCUAUAGUUCCUCAAAAACAGUCACAGGUACAUCCAUAUGUACGGCAAAGUGCCAUCAUCUUUGCUUGCCAGUAUCGGAAAAGUCAUACAAGUGCGCAUGUGCCGAUGGAUAUACUUUAGCAGGAAAAGUUUGCCGAUCUAAAGGAAACAAUACUACAGACAUGCCAGGAUAUAGAAGCACGGACACUCCUCGAAAAACAUCUAAGCAUAGAACAAAUAUAGAUCAUUCUGGUCUUCCAGUAGCGGGAAUUGUAGCCGUUGUUUGUGCCUGUCUAGUACUUGCUGCAUGUGGAUCCGUUGCUGGAAUAUAUGCAUAUAGAAGAUGGCGUUCCCCAUUUAUUCCACACAAUCGAUUAAUAGAGGACAGUCAAGUUGAUACCUUUUAUAGAAUAACUUUUCCAGAUAAAAAUAACCGAGACGAACCAGGUUUAGAUUCCAAUUUUGACUCAGGAAUAGAGAAUCCAUCUUACGACAAAAUGGAAGAACAAAUUUUGAAAAACUAAUAUCAUUUUUAUUUCAUUCAAACUAACAAGAACUUAAUCUUUAUUUCAAAUUGGUCAAUCUAGGGAUUGGAUUUGUAAUAAAGAAAUUGACCGAAAACCUGUAAUUGGCGACAUUACAAAGCAACAUGUGAAAACUUGUGAUACAAAAUAUUUUGUUUCCUCUUUUUUCUUACUUUUUUAAACGCCUUUGUUUAGAGUAUGAGUAUUUCGAAAAGUUAAUGCACUCACAUACAUGUUUAAUCCCACAGCUUUCUUUUUGUGCCCAUCAAGAGGAAGGAGCCUGUGAUCAAUAUGUUGUUGUCGGUUACUGUCUACCAUUAUUGCUUUUGUUCAAUAAGGCCGUUUGUUUUCUCUUUUGAAUAUUUUCAAAUUUUGUAAUCCUAUUUAGGAAAACAAACUUUUCUUUUUUAUUUGACCCAAGUACAAUGAUUUAAGACAUAAUUACUUGACUACAUUCAUUCAAUCGUUGAUAACAAUGUUGGCAUAAAUGUUGACUUAAUACUAUUUUGAAAUAGAUUAUUUUCCUAUGAUUAUUAACUUUGUUAUUUUGCAAUCUGUUCAGAAGUUUAUCAGUGCGACUUAUCGCUUUGUUUAAAAAAGACUUUUUGGUGCGCAACUUUUGUCUCUCUUUUUUUUCUUAAAAGUUAUUUCAUGUAUUCCAAAAGUAUGCUUAAACACUCUUCCAAACCUUAUUGCUUAUAUAUUUCUAAUAACAUAUACAUGGGUUUGAUAUUUACAUGUCUCGGGUACCUGAGUAACUGAUGAUGUAUUGCCUACACACAUGAAUAUAACAUACAUUUUGUACUUAACACUGUAAGCACGUACUUGUAGAGCUUUCAUAGGCUGUGCCUUUUGCUCAAUACUUUUCAUAUCCUUAUGAAUAAAAUGUAUUUCAAAUAUUUUGUGAUCCCCUGAUCUUUUAAAGCUUACUAUAGGGUUUGGAUUUUUCUCAUAGUUGAAAGUCGUGCUGUGACCUGUAAUUGAUCACAUCUUUGUCUAUAAAUGGAUCUUUAUGUUACGGAUAAUUGUAUGAACGGCAAGCAUAUCACAUCUAUGUAUUCUUAUAUGGAAAAUUGAAGUAGUACAAUGUGAUUCUUGUCUGUUCAACUUUUGACCCGAGUUUUUAAUAUUUUUUAAAUACAGUUCUUUGUUAAAUAUAACACCAAGUUAAAUCUAAAGAAAUCAAGGAUUGAAAUUCUGUAGUUCAACGUUAUUUUAUAUUAUGUAACACAAUUUUGAAUUUUAUCUGAAUGUUCAUUUGUUUCAAAGGUAAGAAUUAAUUACACUUUAUCAGAUGCUAUAAACAUGUUUUUGUCGAUAUAUAUACUUAUUAUUUAGUACAACUAUAACGGGUACGUGACAGAUAUCACAUAGUUUUAUAGUCAUAUGAUCCUUCAAAUUGAAUAAAAAAAGAUGAAUAUGUUUUA